AUGAAGAUUACACAUUCGAGUGCAGCAAUGCUGCUGAUUAGCGGCGCUGUUGCCGUUGCCCAGUCAACAAACGGUUCCACUGGAGUCCUAUGCCCGUCCACCUCCAAAUUUGCUCCCCUCUCCGCUGGAACAUUCUUUGAAAAACUGAAUCCAGGCUGGAAUGUAGGGAAUACCUUGGAUGCUGUUGAAACAGAAGGAUCCUGGAAUAAUCCGCCCGUAGUAGCUAGCACUUUCGACGAUGUGAAGAAGGCUGGUUUUAAAAGUGUGAGAAUCCCUGUCACGUGGGCCUACCACUUCACCUCGCAAGGUCCGGACUGGACGGUCGACCCAGUAUGGCUUCAAAGAGUGUCAGAUGUGAUCGACAUGGUGACUUCACGUGGCCUUUAUGCCAUCGUGAAUGUUCACCAUGACUCCUGGACUUGGGCAGACCUGACCUCAGCUAGCACCAACGUAACAGCUUUAGAGGAACGCUUCAGUAAACUCUGGCUGCAGAUUGGGACCAAGCUGGCCUGCAAGAGCGAGAUGCUGGCAUUUGAGCCAAUCAAUGAGAUCCCGGGGACUACACCUGAACAUGGGGCAAUUGUCAAUCGUCUCAAUGAUAUCUUUUUGCUGAAGAUCAAUGAGGCGGGGGGUCAUAAUUCGAAGAGAGUGGUUACAUUGGUUGGAGCGGGUGAGGAUGGAGUGAAGACGAGUAUGUGGUUUAAGAAACCGGAUCAAAAGUUCAAGAACCCCUGGGGUAUUCAGUUCCAUUACUACAGCCCUUACGAUUACGUCUUUCAAGCAUGGGGUAAGACGACAUGGGGCUCCGAAGCCGACAAGGCCUCUCUCGAAGGUGAUCUCGCUGCUGUACGGUCAAACUUCACGGAUGUCCCAAUUGUCAUCGGAGAGUGGGCCGUAUCACCUGUAGCUACAGAGACAGCUGCAAGAUGGCGUUACUUUGAUUUUUUCGUGCGUACCGCCGGAAAGUACAAUAUGUCGACAAUUUUGUGGGACAACGGAGCGGACCUGCUCAACCGAGCAACACACCUCUGGAGGGACGAAGUGGCCAUGGAUAUCUACCGCAAUGCGAUAAAAGGCAUCCCAAACGCUUUGCCAGACAGUACUACAGACGGCGCUGUCACUACGCAGCAAAGUUCCGCGUACAUCUACCACGCAAAGAAUGAGACGGUCAAGGACGUCACACUAAGUUUCACCUUCAACGGUAAUACACUGAGCAAGAUCAGCAAGGGUAGCAGGCAACUUGCAAAAGGAAAAGACUACACCCUCUCAGGCCAAGAAAUCACCUUCAAAGCCGCAUAUCUCAGCUCUAUCAUCACGCCCUCAUCGCCAACAGGCAGCCUAACGAACCUCACUUUGACAUUCAACCGUGGUGCCGCCUUACAGGUGAACGUACUCCAGUACUCUACCCCUGUGCUAUCGAGCACCUCCGGCCCCCUGCCAGCCGCAGGCCAAGACCUACGCAUCCCUGUCGCAUGGGCUGGCAUCAAUAGGCCCGCUGCCGUCAAGGCGCAAAAGUCAGAUGGCACAUACCUCGUCGAUGACUGGACCCAGUACCUCGGGCCUCUCCAGCAAGGCCGUAUGACUUAUGGCAAUCAGUGGGACUGGGAUGCUAACAAUGUGAUUAUUAAGGCAGCGGCGGUGGACGCAGUUCGGGCUGCGAACAAGGAUACAACACUAACGAUUGAGUUUUAUCCUAGACAGCCUGGGAACAGUGUUGUUUAUACUCUUAAGGUAUGA